AUGGAUAUAAAAAAGCUUCUUUGUUCUACCUCAAACUCUACUCGACAUCAAUCUGGGGACUAUAGUCUGGAUUCGCUUAACUAUGAUACACAAAAUUACACACCAUCAAUAUAUCCUAAUCACCAGCAAACUCAACAUCCUUCUACCUGGUCUUCUCUGUUGAACAGUGUCUCCCCAGAAAUAGUUCCUACAUCUCAUCGGCAUAUUUCCUUUUCUUCUCCUUUUUUGUCGUCAUCAUCGUUGUCACCGUUGUCGCCGUCGCCGUCUUCUUUUUCGUCUUCUUCUUUGCCGUCUUCUUCUUCAUCUUUGUCUUCUUUGUCUUCUCAUUCUGGGCAGAAAGAAGGAACCUCAGCCUUGGGAUGGUCUGAUCCUUCCAUGUCGAUCCCACCACCACCAUACUACUACAGUGGUAACGAAAGCAACGCCAUAAAUAGUAUCAACAAUAGUGAUUUGGGAACCAAAAGACCUUUGACUCGCCGGCUGAGUCAAUCUCACACACGUAACUCAUGGACACCCGAAGAAGACGAGCUUUUAAAGCAAGGGUAUUCUGAAGGAUUAUCUUGGGCAAUGAUAUCGACCACAUAUCUUCCUCGUCGCUCUCGCGGCUGUUGUUGGGGUCGCUUUAAGAUACUUCAGUCAAAAAUAGCCUACAGCCGUAGACAGUCUAAACAAGAACUCUAUUUACCGGUACUUUCGGUUCAAAAGCGAACUCAACUUUUUAAGCAUGCUUGGAGAUUGGUUGCUCAAGAUAUGUUGGGUAGAUUCUGGGACGAGCGCGAGUUUGAAUCCUUUCAUCUUGCGAAUAUAACUCCUAAACAGAGAGCAACCUUUCUUCAGCGCAUUUGA